UAACGGGGAUUUAACAAAUUGUUAGCCUAGUUCAAAGUUCAAGGUUGUUUUGAGUUACCGAACUUAUUUUACCGAAGAGCUCCGAGUUAAACAGCACGUCGUUUGUAUUGACUUGACCUAGGCUAGCGACAUGUUAUUAUUUUUUUUUGCCUGUUACAUCACCAAGUCGCGGGUGAAUAGUUUACCAUAAUGGAGUUGGGGAUAAUAUAAAAGGAUGUAAAUCACAGAAAAGCAGAGCUCUUUUUUAGCGGCUACUGGGAUGGAUUUGAGUGUCGAGUUUCGUUGUGACUUUGUGAAGAAAUCAAAACGUUCGACAUUGGUGCGCGUCCUAAAUCGGUGCCUACAAGUAUUCAACAUCCUCCUAGUGUUGCAAGUAACAGCCUCAAAUCAAUCUCAGGAGUCCUCAGCACGUCCAUCUUCUACCACACUAGCCCGACAUGCUCGUGUCUUGGAUAUGUACCCUGUCACUUCUGUUAGCCAGGAAGGUCAAGAGAUAAAUGGUUUCCUGCUAAAGAAAGUUCUAGUGGUUGUGUCACCUGGUCUUCGCAUACCCCCAGACCACAUACACCUCCCGACACUGUGGGAGAAGAAACAACACCAGUGUAAAUUUAGAGAAACUUUAAAGCUCCACAAGUCUGAAAAAUUUGAAAGCUUUGAAGAAAUUCUAUCAACAAAAGAAAAAUUUAAAAGGAAAUCUAAUUCGGCUUUCAAAGUUUUCAAGUUUGAUCCUGAAACUUGUCGCGGCGAGAGUUUAUCUGCUGCGGGCGUACUUCACAUGAUCCAUGUUGGAGAGCAUUUAUCAAAGGUUUACUUGAGCAAGCUGAAAAGUUUACAACAUGUAAUGAGCCAGGGUCUGGCUGAGAGUGUAGGGGACGAGGUGCUGUUCCACAGCAUGAAUGCACUACUGUACGGGCUGUUAACAGAGAAACAGUUCAUUCAUAGCGACGUUGUCAAGGUUCCGUCAGACUUUCAUUUCAAAACGGAUGUCAAACAACCUCAGGAUGAUCUUCAUUUUUACGUAGCAGAAUCUUAUAAACAAGAAACUCAUUUACUGAAAUCUAAUAAAUUAUCUAUACUAGAAACAGGGAUGAAAGAUGAAACAACUGCCAAGGAAGCAAUAAAUUACCUUUUAAACCAACUUUACCCCAAGCUAGUUGUCAGAAAACAGAAUAAUCAAGAAUUCGAUAACUCAAAUUUUGGUAAUCAAAAUAAAGAUCUACAUUUUAAUUAUAUAACCAAUAUUUUCAAUUCAUCUGAUACUCAUCACAAGUAUUUAACAUCAAAUCCACUUUUUCACACGUAUGCGGUGUCUCUGACCUAUCCCCUGCGUCAACACAUAAAAAACUUUAUUUUGUCCAGUGAAGAUUUACCGGAGGAACAGGAUAUGAAAUUGCUAGCUGUAGAUGAGCUGUUGAUGUUGAGUCUUCUGGCAUCAUUAAAUCUCACUGUCAGCAAUCAUUUGAUGCCUGGCUCUAGACUGGUCUUUGAAACUUAUGAACCAAAAUUUCUCAGUCCGCUUGACAAGCCUGAAAAGGUGGACAAGCUACUGAAACUGAUGAACAUUCCAUUAGAGAAAAGAAAUCCUUUAAGCUUUGUUCGUGUUCUAUACAAUGGUAAAGUGAUCUCAUCUUCAUUUGCUAGUUGUGGGAGUAGUGAGGUAGGUUUUUGCCAUUACUCCGAUACAGCGACUAUCUUAGAUUAUCUCGUUAAUGAUAAAGAGUUAAAAUUAGAGUUGUAAAUUUUUUGGAUGUGAGCUUAGAUUAUUUUGUUAUCGGUAAAAGAUUUAGAUUUAGAUUAGAGUAAUCUAUCUUAGUUGAUUUUGUAAUGGAUAUAAAUGUAGCAGUUUUUAAAACUUGCUUUUUAGGCUGUGACUUCUAAAGGAGGAAAUAUUUUAAAGAUUUAGUUAGUUUGUUUUGACUACUUAGUUUAGUUAUCUUGAUUGACUGAAAAAUCAAGUGUUAAAAAUUAUAUUCAGUAUUUUAUCAAAUGUAGUUAGUGUUAGAUUAACUUUACCAGGUUGGUAAACUUUGAGUUUGUAGUUAAAAGUCUCACCUCUCAUUCCUGUCAUAGAAUUUUAUUCAUGAUUAUUUGUGUAAACAAAGUUAAAAAAUCAAUGACUAAAUUGUAUGAUAAUUUUAAACAUUUGAUCUUCUAAAUAUCUGAAAAUUUUCCUUGUGUAUUCUUAGCUUCUGCACCAUUUGUUUAAAAGCACAUUAACAGCUUUAGUUUAGAUUCACAUUGUUUGUUAUAUUAAUUUUUUUAGAAGUAGCGUUGGUCUAAUUUACUGCUUUAUACCAUACAGAUAUUUCUGGCGCACAGCAAAUUUUGUUCACAUGUGAAUCAUUGAUUUUAUAAGUACCACUAGACAGAUAUAGAUAUAGAAUGAUUAUAACGCUUUUUGUUACUAUUUUUAAAGCCAAUAUUAUUACUCUAAGAUCUGUUAUUUUUAAGCUGAGCCAGGUAUGUUGUCUCACUUGAGUUACCUCCCUUCUGUCAUGAUGCUUUUCGUCAUGAGAAGUGACAAAUGUGCCAUGAUAUUUAAUUUACACAAAGCUAUUUUUUUUUUUGUUAUAAUUAUUUAUACAUAUAUAUUGAUACAUCUAUAGCCCAAUAAGUUUAUAAUUACUGCCAUAUUAAUAUAAUGUUAAUGUAAUGUCAGCAAUUGUUAUUGUUUUAGGAGCAAGUUAACAAUCACUGCUUGUUGUGUAUUGUAAAGAAUUCGUUAAUAAUUAUUUUGUUAAAUAAAAUGUUAAAUUACAUACAUCGUGAUGGCAUUACUAAGGUAGCAAUAUUACUACAUAGAUCUGUUUUUAUCCCGUAC